UUUUUUUUCUUCAGUGCUGGUUACUCACACCAACCAGCUCACAGCCAAAGGGUUCCUCUGUCCCUGUCAUGCUGAUCGAACUUUAAACCAAAACUGAGAUAUUUCUCCAGAGGAAGAUAUUGCUCAAGUCUAAAGGACAUUUGGAAGCCACAAGCCAAAGGAAAGGUGUGACAGAGAGGAAGAGCAGCACCUUCAAGGUGUUCCCAUUACAGUUGAGUGGAGUUCACGUUCUUGCACGUUUAUAUCAGAUCUGAAGAUUCCAGUGACAGCUAUGACUCACAGCAACGGGGAGAACCCGCAGAGAACCCGGAGUGGUCUCCACCAGAUCCGGUCCGGGAUCCAGUCCCGAUCACUGCUGGCCAAGAAGAGAGUGCAGAACAUCACAAAGGGGGAUGUGAAAGGAUGCUUCAUAAAAAAUGCCUUUGUGAUCUUUACUGUCGCUGCUGUCAUUAUUGGCAUUAUCCUGGGAUUUGGUCUGAGGCCUUAUAACAUGUCUUACCGGGAGGUGAAGAUGUUUUCUUUCCCUGGAGAGCUGCUGAUGAGAAUGCUUCAGAUGCUAGUGCUGCCCCUGCUGGUUUCCAGCCUCAUCACAGGUAUGGCUGCUCUGGACAGCCAUGCUUCAGGGAAAAUGGGUAUGAGGGCAGUGGUCUACUAUACGACCACUACCAUCAUUGCUGUGUUCAUUGGCAUCGUCCUGGUGCUCGUUAUUCACCCUGGGAAAGGAUCAAAGGAUGAGUUCACCAAACAGCAGCAAGUAGAGAAGGUUAAUACUGCUGAUGCCUUCCUGGACCUUAUCAGAAACAUGUUUCCUCCUAAUCUUGUGGAGGCUUGCACCAAACAGUUCAAGACGCAGUAUGCCAAGAAAGUAGUCAAUGUGAAGAUGACAGUGAAUGAUACCAUAUUCACACUCAAUGAUAGCCAGGAGAUAACCCAGGUGGAGAUGAUCCCAGUGCCAGGGUCAGUUAAUGGAGUCAAUGCUCUUGGCAUGGUGGUGUUCUCAAUCUUCUUCGGUCUGAUCAUCGGGAGCAUGGGGGAGCAGGGGAAGCCUCUUAAGGACUUCUUCGACUGUCUCAAUGAAGCCAUUAUGAGGCUGGUUGCCAUAAUCAUGUGGUAUGCCCCUAUCGGUAUCCUGUUCCUGAUUGCUGGUAAGAUCGUGGAGAUGGAUGACAUCUCAGUCAUGGGUAGCCAGCUGGGAAUGUACACAUUGACAGUCAUUUGUGGCCUGCUCAUCCACGGCAUCUGUGUCCUUCCAACACUCUACUUCGUCAUCACCAGGAAGAACCCCUUUGUUUUCAUCGCUGGGCUGUUGCAGGCACUCAUCACUGCCCUUGGAACAUCCUCAAGCUCUGCCACAUUGCCCAUCACUUUUAAAUGCCUGGAGGAAAACAACAAGGUGGACAAGCGCGUAACCCGUUUUGUGCUUCCUGUUGGCGCCACCAUAAACAUGGAUGGCACAGCUCUAUAUGAAGCCCUGGCAGCCAUCUUCAUCGCUCAGGUCAAUGAUUAUGUCCUUAACUUCGGACAGAUUCUCACCAUCAGUAUCACAGCCACAGCAGCCAGUAUUGGAGCAGCUGGGAUCCCUCAGGCAGGACUGGUCACCAUGGUGAUAGUGCUAACAUCUGUAGGCCUGCCCACUGAUGACAUCUCACUCAUCAUUGCAGUUGAUUGGUUCCUGGACCGAUUGCGCACCACCACCAAUGUCCUUGGAGACUCCAUUGGUGCAGGUAUAGUGGAACACCUGUCUCGCCACGAGUUGCAGAAGAAGGAUCCCGAGGUUGGCAACUCAGUGGUGGAGGAGGCCGGCAAUAAGCCGUACCAGCUCAUCUGCCAGGAGAAUGAUGAUAACGAAAGGCCUGCUGACAGCGAGACCAAGAUGUAGAUUUUUGUCCAUGGUUGUGUACAUUCUUAGAAAAACCAUUGCACUGCAUUGAACCACGUUUUUAAAACUAAGCUCUUCUUAAUUUUCUCACCUUCCUCUCACAAGAUUGGAAGGAUCAAAUUAAAUUGAUCUACAGUUAGAAUAUUUUUCAGCCAAGAUGAGUUCCACUAAUGUAUGAGGUCUAGUGUGGGCUUUUAUGACACACUGUAGACUUGAAGCAGUUCACUGCAUUGUUUUUCUAAGGGUUUGUGCUAUGAUGCUUCCUAAGAGUACUACGCUGUAUCUGCCAUAGGAUGGCAGCUGUUUACUAUUAAGAAUGAACUACUCUAGAGCCUGGUGGUCCAUGGCAUGUGUGCCAUAUCCAACUCCUCUCAGAACUGUGGUGACUUAUCUCACCCUCUAGAGGCCAAUAUUGCCAUGAGUCUUAAAACUGUAGCAGAUUACAGCCCAUACUUGCACAGACGUUUUCUGGUUUUAAAGUUGUUGCUUCUGUUUCGUUUGAGCAGUGUUGUAUUGAAAUUGUAAGUGAAAUGGUUAUAAAAAGUAUGUUUAGAGACUAAUGUGAAAAGUGUUGAAUAUCAUGGCCGUGAUGGCUCAGUCGGUAGAGCGGGCGCACAUGUGCAGAGGUUUAUGCCUCGACGCAGAAGGUCCGGGGUUCCGGGGCUGCUUAUUUACAAACUUCUGUACAGACAGUAGUUUUGUCAUCCCAAUGGUAUACUUAAUAUAGUUUUACUUAGUUGGUCUAUAUUUUACACCCAACAUCUGUAUGUCGGUCUGUCCAGGAAGAGGGAUUCCUCCUCACUUGCUCUUGCUGAGGCUUCUUCCACUUUUUUCCUGUUACUGUAAUGUUUUUUUUGUUUUGUUUUGUUUGUUUUUUUUGGGGGGGGGGGGUUUCCUUUUCAAGGGUCGAAAAGGACAGAGGGUGUCAUAUACUAUACAGAUUGUAAUGGCCCUUGAGGCAGAUUUAUGAUUUGUGAUAUUUAGCUUAAAUAAAAUUGACUUGACUUUACCUA